CAAGUCUUGCCACAUUUGGAAAAACUAGCCAUUGUCUAAUUUGAAAUAUUGAAACAAUUUAUUGGAAUAACUUAAUUUAAAGUUCACCGGCGCAUUUGGGGGAAACGUUUUACCCUUUUAUGAAAUAUAUGGAAAUUGGAUAUUAACCAUUGUUAACAAUUAGCUGUACGAAGGGAAUUUAAAGAGUUAAAAAGUGCCUAUAUAACUCCAGUGGAUUAGCAUUGAUUUUAUGCGAGUGUGUGGUCUUGUGUUGUGGGGGAAACCAGAGAACCCGGACGAAACCCACUUGUCCAGCUUGGUGACCAUAAACCAAACUCCCAUGCGCCAAGGCCAGGAAUUGAACCCAGGUCGCCUAGGUAUAGCUGACCACUGGAGUUUACCAUUGUCCAAACAUUCUGGGAGCCAAUGUGAUCCCAGAUAACGCCAUGGAGGCCACUAGGUAAUAUGUCAGUUCCGCACUCGCAACAUACCACACCUCGUACAUCCGCUUCGCACGGAAGAAUAGUCACCCAGAACUCGGCACUGAGUGCGUCAUUACGGGAUCGAAGUUCUCAUCCUGUAGAACCAGAGCAGUCACCAAGAUCUUUGUCAGUGUCUUCACCUUCUGCUUUAGAUGUUGUAUCUACUCACACUAUUGUGUCUAAUGCUUCACCUAAUGCUUCUACCGAUUUUCAGAAAGAAUCAAGGGUUGAGAAUAAUUCUAGGAUCAAGUCUGAUUUGAACUUUGAUACUAAUAGGGAAAAGGAUAGUGAAAUUAAAUUGGACAAGGGCUCAUCUGAUGGUGUUCAUUUUGACUCUGCUUCUAUAACACAAGAGCACACACAAGAUCAUAUUGAUACUACACAAGAUUCUAGAUUAGAUUUACAAGAAACUGUAGAGACACCUAGAUCUAAUCGUUUUGAUUAUCAUUCCCUGAAAUCUAGAGGAGACAGUGUUAAUAGAGAGUCUUCAACAUAUAGUCAGAAAAAAUCUGUUUCUUCUGAUGAUAAACAACCACAUACUACUUUAGAUGUUAAAGAAACAAGUUGUAUAGUUAUAACUGAUACUGAAGGUGUUAAUGAUAGUGAUACUAAUAAUUACGAACACAAAAGACUAAAAUCUAGAAAUGCAGAUAAAACUGACAGAAAAACUAUAACCUCGCAUGCCUUGAAUGAAAAUAGUGUUACUAGAUAUUUGCAUGCCAAAACAAACACACGGGAAUUUGCACAACAAAACACUGGUUUGAGUUUGCAUUCACAAAAGACUAACGUUAAGCACCCUGAUUCUGUUGACAAAGAUGAGCAGCUAAAGCGUAUACCUCCCUUAGAUUUAAGCAACGUUUCUCCAGCACCUUAUAGUGACACUGACCUUGAUUCACCUAUCUUUCCUCAACAAAGUGAUCUUCCACAAGCUGGUCAGGAUUUGCACGUGCCUGAUCGGCAAAAUUCUUUAACUCCCUUUUCUUCUCAUGAUGUAACAGCUACUGGACGUAAAACAUAUGAGGUAGAAAGUCCAGUUCUGUCAAAAAAUAAACCACACAUAGUGUCUUCUAACAAUUUCAGACGUGACAGCGUUCAAGAUUUUGGUGACGAUACAUACAGAGAACGCCAGGCGAGUCCUGAAAAAGUCGAAGCCCGCAGAUCAGACUUAGCGGAUAAUUUAAACGUUCCCUACCCAUUUGACACUCAGGCACAAGCAGGCCAGACUAAUCGUAGUGACCUUCCCCCUUCCCCACCCGUCCAAACUACUCCACCUCCUAACAAAAAACCAGCCACAAGUCUUCACAGUAACAGUCAGGUAUAUGCUGUAACAAACCCUGAAAUCCAACGAGCACAAGGUGAAAGAGUACACACAGGCAAUUCAAAUCAUCGCAGUGAAGUAAGAUUCUCAGGUGGGCAAGAAAGAGGGGUACCUGAUAGCGAAAGAGAAUUAGUUGAAAGUAGAUUGCGAGAUCGUGCACCAACCCCAUACGCAAAGUCCCCUCAAAGAGAGGAGCUUCCACAGACCCCACCUGACUGGGAUCCUCCAAGGGAAUCUAGAGAGUUAUCAGCAGCAUCAAAGAAUUCUAGGGGUCGUUUGCCACCGCAACAUCCUCCUCUGGACACUCUUCAUACUCCUAAACCUGACAGUCGUGAACGAGCUGAUAACCAGUCUAUUAAACGUGUGUAUGUAGAAUCUCCUUCUUUCACAAGAGAAGAGGAGGAAGAGUAUCGCUUUGUGAGUAGUAGGCUUGACGAUAUUGACGAUAAAGGAAAGACAUUUAGAGAAAUGGAUAGCCAGAGAAGAGGUUAUGGUGGUGAUGAUAAUCACACAAACGGUUAUGCUGAUGCACGAAGUAGAAAGACUGAAAGUGAUUAUGAUAGACGGAGGACAGACAAUAACCGUUAUGAGGACAGAAUGGAUGAUAAGUAUGCAGAAAGAAAUAAAACCAGGUCAAUUAAGGAUGAUAGAGAAAGAUAUGAAGAUAGAUCAAAUGAAAUGAAUGGAUACGGAGAUUAUAGAGACAGAGACAGGAAUCCUCAUUAUGAUACUGGUUCACAAUAUAAAGCUAGUGAUAGAGAAGAUCGGUAUGACCGACUUAGGAAUGAAAGGGAAGAAUAUGAUCGGGAACCAAGGCGAGAGGAUGAAAGCAAUAUCAGAUACAAAAAGGAAAAUACUGCAACUGAUGAUCAGGAUUUGAGACUUGAAGAGGAAUACCAGAAAGACUUGAAGAGCAGAAUUGAUAAAAAUAAGGUUAAAGACAUUGAACAACCAAGGUAUGCUAGAAGAGACAGUUAUGAAAAGGAGAAUGAGUUUCCAAGAGAUUCAUUAGAAUACACUGAUGAUAGAAAUAACGCAAGAGGUGGGUAUGCAAGAGAUUCUUUAGAUUAUAAUCAUUACGAACAGCAACAGGAUUGGGAAAAUCCUCCUCCAAAUCCUUACCAGGAAUCUGGGAGCUAUAGUUUAGCACUUGUGAAACAAGACUCUAAGCCUGACUUUUAUGAUCCAGAGGAUGUUGAGCGUAUGGACAUAGUGAACCCUAAAGCACCUAAGUAUGAUUAUAUAGAAGGGAAUAAGUAUGACUACGGUAAACCUCCCGAAAAAUCGUACCGCGAAAUUGUUCAUAAAAAGAAAGAAGAAGAGGAAAAGCUAGAUCAGAUAUUUAUCACACCAAAAGUUCCAUCUAAACCUAAAAGGAAAGCUCCUGCUAAGAAAUCGCAAUCGGCACAACCCCAGCACAUGGGCUACCAACCACCUGAACAAUAUCCCAUGGGCUUCAAACCCUCCUCAGCAGAGGAACUUUGGGCCAACAGGGCUGCAAACCUCUCAAGGAAAAAAGAUUCGGCUCAGUCAAAGAAGGGAAGCGCAGGUAAACCUGUUCAGAGAAGGUGGAAUACAAAUCCCCAAGUGAAACAAGCUUUUAAAUUUGAAGCUCCUGCACCUUUGCCUAAUCAAGGCCAGGGUUACAAACCACCUGUGUAUAGACCGAAUCAGAGUGCGGAGCAAAGUGGAUAUUCCCAAGCUCGAGGUGGAUAUGGCACUCCGACACGCCAGCUUCAACCCCUUGAUAACAAACCUGCACCUCCUGUUUCAACGGAGAUGAUACCAACUGCUGUAAAUCCUUCUUCACCUUUUCGACGGCACAUGGAACUUAAGCCCAUCUCACAAGAAAUUACCACGGAGGACGGCCAAAGAAUCAGUGUGGAUAUUAACCUUCGACUUAUAAGCCCACCUCCUGGUCAGUCUGGAAACACCUCGCCAUCCCAGCAGCAGCUCGCAUUAAUGCCCGUUCCAGAGAAUGGGCCGGGUAUGGACCAGAGGGGAUUUGGAGUACCAUACCAGAUGCAGGAUUCCUAUGAAGGAUAUGGCUAUGCUGAUAUGUACUCAGGUAGAUCAGAAAGGAAUGACGAAAGGAUGCCUUUCGAUGACCCCCAAAAGUCAGACAGGAAACAAGUAACAUUUGGGGACCAAGGUCAGUACAACAACGGGUACAACGGCGAUGGUGGUGGUUACAACAAUGCUCACCUAAGCCAGGAGGAGCUAGCACUUGUUGACCCCUCCGGGUACUCCAAACGAUACCAGCCCGGAUCAGUGAGCUUCAAAGAUGAGGAGGAGUCAAAUACAGACAUGAAAUCCCUUGAAGAGGGAUAUGCAUCCCUUUACCACAAAAUGAAGUCAAAGGAUCCGUCAGACCACCCCUGGUACAAGGUCUACAAUAUGAAUGACUAUAAGAAGAUGCAGAGGGAGGUCAGGCUCAACAGGGGCACACUUGGACCAGAUCUGGAUACAGAGUCCUACAAAGAUAAGAUGGAGAAACGUCACAAGCAGUUUGAGUAUGCUAGGAUGGUGAUGGAGAAGAAUCGAAUGGAGCUAAGCAAGAAGCCUCCAACCAAGUUCCCCAAGCAGCCAGAGAGGCACGGGGAGCAGGGUGUAAAGAGACAGACAGCUCUGGAUUAUGCAAAAAAGAACAUUCCCAAGCCCACAGUUAAACCUCGCCCAAACCAGUACAACUCCUAUGAAGUUGCUGCCCAGUUGGGACCAGGAAGCCCUAAGGGGCGGGUAAACAUGUCAAAAAUGUCCACCCCACAGGGGUCUACUCAAAACAUGGAUGUUAUAGACAUACGAACACUCGAACAGCGUCACAUACAGGAGAGGAAAAAUGCUGACAAAAUACGGCAGAAUAUGGACAGUGUACUUACUCAGAAAGCUCAUUGAAGACAGACUGGAUUUGUUAGAAUAAGAUAUGAAGCAUGUUGACAAAAUUAGACAGAUAUGGACAGAAGCUAACUGUAGAUGAUAUGUUUUAUUUGAAUAUGUGAUUAUGGCUGUGAUAGUUGUAGAUUGUUGUUAAGAAUUGUUUACCCUGAUGAUGUGAAUCAGAAAGUGUUAACAUAUCAGCAAGUUUUUAUUAACUUUACAUUUUGGUAAAAUAUUGUUAUAAUACCAGUAGUAAAGAGAAGUAAUUGUUGCUUAAUUUCUUUUCUUAUAAAGGAAAUACUGUUAUGGUAUGUAAGUUUAUAACUUGAGAUAACAUAAUAUGCAAUUUAGGAAAAAUAUUGAUUUAAUGACUCCUCCCUCUGUGUUGUACAAAAAUGCUUUUAUGUCAAAAAUCGAAUUUUGUAAAUAUCAGCAUUUAUAAUCUAAACCAUUCAUGUUUUACAGACUUCAAAGGGCACAGACCUAUGCAAAAUUUAUCCUAUGAAUAAAUAUGACUAUUGUGGUACAUCCUAUGAUAGCUUGAUCAUUUUAGUGUUAAGAAAUGACUUUUUUAUUAGGCAUGUUUUCAUUUUUAAUGACAUUUUGUUAUACUAAAUACUAAUUUUAGUACCUGGGGUUUUGCUCAUCAUGUAUUUAAACAAAUGUGUUUAUUUUCUUCUACUUAUAGUGCCAAAGUAAGAAACUUGCCUAUUUGGAAAAAAGUAAGGUUUUUGAAAAUGAGCAUUCACUAUAGAAUGAAAAUAAUAAAAAAAAUGUUUAAAAAAAUGCAUAUGGUUAUAAACAUGUUAUCUAAAAUAGAAUUACAUAAAAAAACAUGUUUAAAACUCUUUAUUUUUUUUUUGGUGUAGAAAUCUAUCAUUUUAAACCCCUUUAACCACCAUGGCAAGUGAUGGAAUAUGUUUACUUUUUUAUGUUUCCUUUUAUGUUAUUUAUUUUUCACACAUGUAAGUGAUAUCAUUCAUUUCUUGUGCUUAAUUUCAAUAGCAAUUCUGUGAUAUGUAUUGUUGUAUGUUUAUUUGUCAAUUCUGUUACAAUGUAAAUAUCAUAAUUAUAUAUAGUAUUAGUAUAUUGUUGCUUAUUUAUAGUUUUAGAUGUUAUGUUAUGUUAUAGAUAUUUUAAAGAUUUGUUUUAACAUUGUGGAGUAAUAUUAGUCAGAUAACACACUUUUAUUAUUAUAUUGUAGAUAUAUACAUUCAUAGUAUUAUAUAGUGGUAGUCAUCAAUGUUAAAUGAACGCAUUAUUAUUUACCAUACUGGAAGUUUAACAUGGCAGUUUAUUUCCUCUUUUAUAUGCUGAUUUCAUUUAAUGAGGGUCGUCCAAUAUCAGUGUAUGAAAAAAAAAUUAAAAUGAGUAUUAAGAAUGAUCUUUUUUACAAAGUUAACUUUUUUAUCAAUUAUACCCUUCUGGGGGGACAUAGGUACAGUGGGUACUUUGUUUAGGGACAACCCGCUAUUUUUGGGGCCAGCCCAAUUUUCUUCGAAUACCCAGGUAUAUUGAAGGACAAUCAACUCUUUCUGGGACAACCCAAUGUUUGGGGAAAACCAGCUAUUUUGGAGACAGCCUUUAGACAACUUGCUUAAUCAUCCAACAAAGCAGAUAACCAGUGUUUUGAACUUUCACUGAAGCAUAUUUCUUGUAAAGGAUUCUUGAUAAAGAAAUUCAUUUUCAUUUUUUGUAGCACAUGUAUUUGCAUGUUUCUUAAUGAGGGCAAUGCAUUGUAAUAGACAGUGAAGUCAGAAGAAGUGAAUUUAUACAUUUAUUCACCCCUUAUAACGACAUAGUUUAAAUCAAUUAAUUUAUCACAUUUUUCUGUAAUAUGACAAUUUUGCAUAUAGUUAUAUUUUAAUAUAUUAGAUAUACAUUAUUGUAGAUGAUAAUAUUCAUUUGCUCAUGUGUGUUUGAGACCCCAAGAGGAAGUACAUUGUGUCAUUUCUGUUUCUGAGAAUUCCAUGUUAUAUAAAAAGAAACAUUUAUUGUAUGCUUGUGUAGAUAUAGUUUAGUAUUUCUUAUCAUUUGUAAAUGAUAUUGCAUAUUGCAUUGCGACAAAUACAUAUCUAACAA